AUGGCCGCUCCUGCGCCCUCCGCCCCUGGUCCUCACGAGGACCAAGGGGUUAUGAGCCCAACUGGUGCUCGGCGUGCCAUUGAUUCGAGAUUGGAAGGUGAGACUGCUGGUCCGCGCUACGAUCGUCAUCCUGCUGGAAAUGCGAUGCCCAAUGGGGUACUUUCGGCUGAUGUUGUAAGGCGUGAGGAUAUGGUGCAGGCCUCACCUGGUGCAGCGAGUUUGGAAAGCGCUCCAUGGCCACCAGCUAUGACUUCAAGGACAGAAGAUGUGGGACCGCCUGGUACAUUUUCCUGUGAUUCCGGGCUUCGCCAAGAAACGUCUUCCGUGUCUGCUGGGAAUGUGGGGCCAACGAUUCCGCACUUGGUCGCGCGGGCGAGUACGGAUAAUCACCCGGGAGGCUCCCAGGGUGGGACUGCCUUGCCAGUCCCGUCCUGGAUGAGUCGUCUCGGGGAUUAUCUUCGCCAAGCUUCCGGACAGGUUGAGACGCUGACAACGACGCUCACGAGGAGUGUGGGAACAGACGAUGCUUCAUCGGCGUCCAUUCCGGUGGAGUUGGUGCAGGAGGAGGUGAGAAGACAAGUGGAAGCGGCCUUGGCAGGACAGAAGGGAAGGAUCGUGGUGUACCUCAUGGAGAUCGGGCCUACUCAGCAUCGCAAGUGCUUCAUGAGGAUCGUGGUGUACCUCAUGGAGAUCGGGCCUACUCAGCAUCGCAAGUGCUUCAUGAGGAUCGUGGUGUACCUCAUGGAGAUCGGGCCUCUUUCGCAACUCAAGUGCUUCAUGAGGAUCGUGGCGUACCUCAUGGAGAUCGGGCCUCUUUCGCAACUCAAGUGCUUCAUGAGGAUCGUGGCGUACCUCAUGGAGAUCGGGCCUCUUUCGCAACUCAAGUGCUUCAUGAGGAUCGUGGCGUACCUCAUGGAGAUCGGGCCUCUUUCGCAACUCAAGUGCUUCAUGAGGAUCGUGGCGUACCUCAUGGAGAUCGGGCCUCUUUCGCAACACAUGCACUUCGUGAGGAUCGUGGUGUACCUCAUGGAGAUCGGGCCUCCUCAGCAUCUCAUGCACUUCGUGAGGAUCGUGGUGUACCUCAUGGAGAUCGGGCCUACCCAGCAUCUCAUGCACUUCGUGAGGAUCGUGGUGUACCUCAUGGAGAUCGGGCCUCUUUCGCUCAUGCACCUCGUGAGGAUCGUGGUGUACCUCAUGGAGAUCGGGCCUACCCAGCAUCUCAUGCACUUCCUGAGGAUCGUGGUGUACCUCAUGGUCGUCAACCAGUUCCGUCGAUGUCUCGGGCCCAUGAUGGUCCUCGUGCACAGAGGGGCGAAGCUGGUGCCAGGUCAAGAAGUGCAGGAGGACAUGGCGAGCUUGGGAACAGGCCAAGGAAUGUGUAUGCUCGUGGUUAUGGUGCCAAGCGAUCUGCCUCAGCGAGUCCGUCGCCAAGUGGUGGUAGAGGAGUUGUGGGUGAGAGGAAGCGAGCAACAACCAGGCGAUGUGGCGCCUGCAGCUCCGUCAAGCCCUUCUCCGAUGGACAUUGUGCUUACAGGUAUCGGGCAGCUGCAACAGAUGUUGCUGAAGAAGGGAGACGGGUUGGAUGUGGAUAAGGCGUCGCCGAAUUUUCCGAUGUUGCCUGACUACACUCCGGAAUCUGGUGCCAUAGACUUCCAGGACUGGCUGUAUCUUGUGGAGCAACAAGUGUCUGCUAUGGCGGCAAGCGCUGGCGAGUGGUGGAAACAAGUCAUGGGUUCGGCCUUGGAAGCAUACCAGGAGUAUCAGGCGCUUUCGCCGAUCAAGCGGCUUGGGGUGAAAGCAAGGCUAUCAGAGGAGCUUCAGGACGGCAAGUACCAGAAGCUUGCGAAAAAGGUGGCAGCCUUACUUCUAGCAGCGCUUCCGACAGGUGUCCGAGAUGAGCUAGUGGCCUAUCGUGUGCAGGGGACUCAUCAGAUACUGUUCAGGCUGAUGGCUGUGUACCAGCCUGGGGGCGCUCAGGACCGGGCACAACUUCUGAAACAGUUGGAGGUGAGUGAAUCUCCAGGAACAGCGACGGAUGCAGUGGUUGCAUUACGGAGAUGGUAUCGCCUGUACCAGCGAGCUUUGGAUCUUGGUGUUUCCUUGCCAGAUGAGUCCGUCCAGGUGAAGUCUUUGGGGGUCUUAACGAAGAAGGUGGCGGAGACAAAUCAAGACUUUCGCUUUAAGGUGUCCUUGGCGAAGGCGGAGCUUCAGAUUGACACCAGACCCACCUCGGAGAAUGUGUUGAAGUACUUCCAACAUCUCCUUGCAGAAUGUGAGCAGCUUGGGGCUACUGGGAGAAAGGCUACACCGUCACAGGCAUCGGAGGCUCCCGGACCCAAACUGAAGGGCAUGCAGCAACAGCCCUCAGAUGCCGGAAAUACCACUCAGAGGCCAAAGGCCAAGGCCUCUCCACCGCCUACGAAUCCGACAAAGCCGUGUUCAUGGUUCACUACUGAUGAUGGUUGCAGAAAUGGAAAGAACUGCAGUUUCAGGCAUUCGUGGGAGGGUCUUCAGCGAGCCGAACGGUGCCUCCUUUGUGGUUCGACGAAGCACAGGGCAAGGGAUUGUCCUACGAAGAAGGUGAGUCCUACUGACAAACCGGCCCCAAAGCCGAGGUUGGCCAAACAGCAGGCUGCAGCAGCUACUCCUACAACAGGGGCAGCUUCCUCGGAAGGUCCUUCGCUUUCGUCAGGUCCGUCGGUGCCGGCUGGAGAUGCUACUCGUGAGCAGCCUUCAAGCCUUACUCCUUCAACCUCAAACAAGAUCGACACGGAGCAGGUGGCGGCGAUGUUGUCCGAAACAAACAAGAUGCUGAAGGCCUUGACUUCCACUCAGGCUCAGGGCUCUGGCACAGGUUCGGCUUCUUCGGCGCCCUCGGAUCCUUUGGGGGUUAUACAGAGACAGUUGGAGGAUUUGCGGCGACUGCGAAUGCUGGUGGUGCUUUCCGGAGAGGGUUGGCAAUGA